UAGACGGAUAGAUGGAUGGAUAGAUCCAUACAUAGUAUACAUGCAUAUAUUGAUCCCAGGCAGUAAAAUUACAGUACAUGCUCAUUGACAGAACACACAAGUGUGUCAGGCUAAGAAGACAGAGAGCAGAACGACAGGCUGUUGAGUCAAUAAAGGACAUCCCCAGAGGCCUCAUCCCAGAGCUUGUAGCCUGCCUAUGGAUGAUGAGUUGCGUUUACUGCCUCAGUCACGCACGCACACACACACGCAGGGAGCACUUCCACUCAGGCUGACGCGCUGCAAGGACGGCUGUUGAAGAUGAGGAGGAUGUCGGUAGCAGUAAAGAAAGGAAUAAACCCUAAAGCGGAGUCUAGGAAGUGCGCAGCGCGCUUUUGGCGGCUCUUCCCUCACCUUCUGUUGUGUCUGUCACUGGUUGCCUACGCUGCGCUCGGCGCGCUCCUGUUCCAGCGUAUCGAGGGUGGGAGCGACUCCAGCACCGAGCAGGAGUACGAUGAGUUCCUGGGUCAGAUUGUCAGCACUGUGCAGAACCUCACCGAUAAUUCCUCCAUCUCCCAUCAAUACAUCGUCAAGCAAGUAGCCCUAAAGAUGCGACAUGGCUUCAAGUCGAUAUGGCUCCAGAGACCUGACAGAUGGGACUUCUUUGGCUCCAUGUUCUUCUGCUGCACUGUGUUCACCACAGUCGGUAAGUCAGCGCGAUAAUCUCGCAGGAUAAAACGAAACAACUUACGAAAUGAAACGCUAAAGAGGUAAAUUACAAACACAUAUACUUGAUGACAAUUGUCUAGCAUUGCAGCAUUCAAGUAAGUCAUUUUUUUCAAGCUUCUUCAAGGACUCAUUAGCAUCAUUCUUAUACUACAUGUAAGUAGAAAUGUUUAUUUAAAUGUUUAUAUUUUAUUUAUAUUUCCCAAAGUAUUCAACCAAAUGAUGGUACAUUUUGGCAAAACAACUCCGUCCAUUUCAAUUUUGUGGUUACCAGCUAAUUAUUAUGAAUACAAUUGAUUGAAGAUCGGAGCAUUAAGCAAUGUUUACCAAAUGUGUGUUGGGUCCAGCAAAAUAGCGAGCGUCGCAAAUGUUGUCAAAUAAAGGAGACAGGGUCUCAAAGAUGAAAUCGUCUGUCUUAACAAUGCUGAAUCGAUGUUAUGAAGCAACUGCUGCACAAAAACUGUACAGAAUAGCUCAUUACAGAAGCGUUUUUUUUUUUAUGCUCCUCAUCUUGGAGUAAAGAUAAACGUACUGUUUUAUUAGAAAUUAGUCAGAGAGCGGAAAAGUCCUGGGUUUGAGUCCUUUAUGGACCACAUAUACAGCCUAAUGCCUGUGAGUUGCAACCACAUACUUUAAUGGCACAUCCUGUGGUAGACCGUGUGGGUUGCGAAGACUUACGCUUGUCACAUACCAUAUAUAGGACUUGACAUUUUCAUUUAUCAGCCACCUCUGAGUAGGGAUUAAGGCAAAAUGCCAAUUACAGUUAUUUUAAUUCAUAUUGAAAUCAUGAUUAUUCAAAAAGGGCCACACGGUGGGAAAUGUUGGUAGAACACAUGACAUAUAUAAGUCACUGCAAAGUAUAAGUCGCACUAACCAGCUAGAGUGCCCUCUAGUGCUGCCAGUAUAUGGCCCCAUAUACUGGCAGGAUUUGUAGUAUUAGUGGU